AUUGCAGCCAACUCAGUCGAGAUUUUACGCCUUAAAACAGCGAUUGAAGAAGUCCAUCGGGAUCAGUAGAAGUAAGGUCCGUGAGAAAAGUACUGCAGGGUUACCACCUGUAGGUAAAACUUCUGCAAAUAGCUGAGGAUAAGACUAAGCAUUUCUUGAUCUAACGGUUUGUGAUAUUUAGCAACCAACGCUUAGCAGAAUGCCUAGGUCCAGGAACAAUCGGUGGGAGCAUAAUGGGGAAGAUAACUGGUAUAAUGAUAAUUCAGGACAAGAGCGACUUGCCCCUGGAGAUGGGAGUUCGCAGCAUAUGAAUUCGAAUCAAAAUUCGACAUUCUCCGAUUCUAGCCCCCAUCUCGGGCCAUUUACUCAAGCCGUGGACGAAACCAUAGCAAAAUUGCGCGCAAGCCAGGAGGCACUUAAGUCACUCGGAGAUUCAUUUACAAAACACUCCCAAGAAAUCAAGAAGAUACCCGAAAUCCAGCAACGGCAUGCUGCUUUGGAGAAGCAGAGCAAACAUAAGGACAUGAAGAUUAAGAAGCAGGAAAACACAAUUGAAACUUUGGUAGGAAAAAUCAGUGCCAAGGAGACGGAGGUCGAGGAAGAAAUGACGAAGUUCAAUAAAGAGAAGGAGGCUUUUGAAGAAGAGCAGGAAAGGAUUCGAAAGGAAGCAGAGACAGCAACGAAGAGGCAAAAGGUGCGAGCAGCAGAGCUGGCAAACGAGCAAGCGAAGGAGGUAGAGAAUCUAAAGGCUGAGCUGAAUACGAAAUACGAGAUGGAUGUGAAAGCCCUGAAAGAAGACAAAGCGAAGUGGGAAACGCAACACGAAGAGGAGCUAACAAGACUGGAGGCAAGCAACCAGGAGAGGACACAGAGAAUCACGGAUCUAGAAACCCAGCUUGAGCGAGCUCGUGAACAAGCAAGGAGAGAUCAGGAAAGAUAUGAAGACAUCGAAGCAGCCAAGAGCAAAUAUAAGUCUGAGAAGGAAGAGUUUGCUACGAAGUUGCAAAAGCUCGAGAAUGAGUUUUCACUAGAUAGCCAUCCAGACGACUUUUACCGGGAUCAAUUUGCGGAGAUAUUCAAGCAGGUUCAAGACGUAUCAUACAAAUUCUUUGACGUGGACUUGAGUGCCAAGGUCCUAGAAAAUAAGUGACUCAAGCAUUAUUCGAAAAAAGCUCAAUGAUAGCGAUCUGUGCUUCAGUCUCGUUCCUAUUUCCAAUAGCGAAGAGUCCCGUUUGCUCCGCA